ACACACACAUAGAUAAAGCAACUAUUCACUUUCCCAUUUUUUUCACUUUCUUCUUCUUCUUCUUCCUCCUCCUCUUUGCACAACACAUUCACUCUCUUAUCCCAUGAAUUCAAGCAAAAGAGAGGAAGAAGAUCUCUUCCUCCCACACGAUCUGGACCCACACCCUCAGAUCCUCACAAACACUGACCCUUCUUUCUCUCUCCCCGAAAUCGUUCUCUUCCCUUCUUCUUCCUCUGACUCACCCCCGAGUCACUCAUCCUCCGACUCACCACCGACUCACCCACCACCGAGUCACCCUCCCUCAACCACCACCACCACAACAACCAAACCCCUCUUCAUAAGCCCUCAACCCCACAUCUCCUCCCAAUUCUACACCUUCAACCCGGACUCCCACUCCCUCAUGAUCCUCUGCCUCCUCGAACGCCGCCUCGCCACCACCGCCGAGAUCCGCGCCGCCACGCCGCCGACCGUCCUCGACUCGUGGCGCCACGUUUGGAAGGACCGCAACGAGGAGACCGCCUACCUCACCGCGUGGAAGCGCAUCCAGGACAAGCUCGCCGUGCACGUCGACGAGAACGGUAACCAAUUCCUGUGUUUCAAGAACAAUCCUCAGCAAUUCGUUUCCCAUGUUAACCAGUGGCAAGACAUUGUGAUGAGUUUCCAUAGUGACACUGAUUUGAAACACUUAGGGCUUAAGGAAACUAUAGAGAGGAUUAAGCAGGUUUGGACUGUGGGUGCUAAGUUCUAUGGUAUCCCUGAGAGUUACAUUAGGGUUUGCGUGGCCGCGUGCCCCGUGUGCUCCGCGGCCACCUCCGGAUCCGCCGCGGCGGCCAGGAGUAAGAGGCGUAGGUUUGAGUAUACUGAGUCUUUUGAUGUGCCUGCUAAGGAGGUACCUAAUAGGCUUCAGCAGUUGGCUGCUAAGCAUAAGGUUGUGCUUUGCAUCAGGCAGAAGUAUAUUAGGUAUAAGCCCUUUAUGGCUGAGGUGAAGGAUUAUGCUUGUCACCGCGCAGGGGAGCCUGCUGCGAAGAAAUCAAAGAUUUUGAAGAGGGAGCCCUAUGCUUCGAAGCGCUGCGGGUGCGGUUUUCGGAUUAGGGCUAUUGUUCCCAUUGCUAAUUAUAAUGAGAAGGAUAAGAGUUUUGUGUAUCAAGAAGAGGGGAUGGCGAUUUUCAAGUUGUAUGCCGUGCAUUCGGGGCAUGAGCCGGGGCCGUUGGAUGGGAAUGCCAGGAUUAUGCAUCGGGUUGUUGGGCACAAAGGUAGCUAUCUGAUGGAUCAGGAAACGGUGUAUGGGGUGAGUGAGGAGAUGGAGAAUGAUGGGUUUGGGUUGAUGGGGAAAGAUGAAGGAGGAGAUUUGCAGUUUUCGGUUUUGCAGCAGGUGCAGGAAUUGAGAGCUGAAGUUGGGAUGUUGGAAGGGAAAGUUUCGAAAAUCCCGCGUGAAUUGUUGGGUUCAGUUUCUCGGGAAUUGUUUGAUAUUGUUAAUAAAAUUAGAAAUAUAGGGGAAGUGGGUUUGAAGCCGAUUGGGCUACUCGCUGAUAAGUCACAUGCAGAUGAUGUCUUGGUUGGGGAUAAUGAUCUGGCAAAUUGGAGUAAUCACCACCAUGAAAGGAUUUAUGUGGAUGGCAAGGACACAGAGCUGAUUGAGGAUGACGAAGAUAGUUUUGGCCGCACUCUAGGAGAAGUAGUUUCUUGGGACCAUAUGAGGACAGAUUGCAGAAGUCAGAAAGAUUUGAUUAGUGAAACUUGUAAGCCUGAAAAGUGGUUGAAAUGCAGUGACUUUGACGCAAAAAGCAUCCUUGAUUGUGAGGAUACUAAACUAACCAAGCCCAUAAGACAUGACGAGGCUAUAGUUUCAGAUGUAGGCCUCGGCUGUAUACAGGUUGAUAGUUUCUACCAAGACAAUCCUAAAUGGUAUGAUUCUCCUUGUGCUUUGGAUACAGGUGCAGAUUGUGGGGAUAGUGGAUUCCGUCAUGGAGAGAUUUUAUAGUGCCAUGAACAUCAAAGUUAAUCCACUCUAACUUAGAGAACCAAUUCCAUCAAGCAUAUUUACCCCUUCCGGCAAAUAGAAGUGGGAUUGUACAUUUAUGUAUACAGAAGAUUGGAGCCGCUCAUAUGCCUUUUAGGUGUAUUUAUUGCGUGUGGUUCUGUAAAGUAUAACAGUUAUGCUUCUUGCACAUAACUUUGUUUUGAGUAUGACUACAUCUGUUAACCUUGUUCUAGGCCUUCAGAUUUUUUAUCCUGGACCUUCUUAUAAUGAACAUCAGUGUUUUCAGUAAUCUUUUUUGAACUUAGAGAUCUUUGUAUGUAUUAUGACGAACUAUUGGUGAUUUAUUUCCAUAUUGAACUGUGGUGUGUUUCAACUUUUUCUCUAUGACAUGUAUGUGCUUUACUCCUUAACCAUUUGCUUUUCAUAUUUACUCAUUUUUUAUAUGUUAAAGAUCAUUUGGCUUUGGGUUCGAUGUGAAGAUUACCAAUUGCUAUUCCAUAGGGGUGAGACAACCCAACAUAUCAUCAGUAGCUCAGCCCCACUUUUUAAUUCAUUGUGGCACUUUUUUGGUGAUUACUUUUACACCGAAUUGAAGAUUGGAGGUUUUUGACAAGCACACAUGUCUUCAGGCAACUAAUCUGGAGUAAGAUGCCAGACACUGCAAGGACCAAGAAGAUCAUGGUAUAGCCUUAAAAUAGGUAUGCCUUCAUAUAUAGAUAGUGGGCUGGUUCAUUCAAUCUGCACCUUGUUUUCAUUGUGUUUGUAUUCAUCACAGUGUGAGACAUGGUCAGUUUUCAAGUCCUGAAUCUCUCUGGUAGUACAUUCUCUUGCAUUUUUUUAAAUCUUUAGGAAUUUUUUUCGUAUUCUUCCUUUGUGGCUUUACCUUAUGAUUCUUAAUAUUUAUAAUAGUAAUUAUGCUCUUAAGAUUUCAUCAUGUUGAGUCAAUAUACACUAUGCAGAGAAUUUGAUUUGUUGUUACUUGGUAUUCCAAGUUGUGCUCUUGAAUAUUCUGCUACUUACAACUGUUAGAACA